AUGGAAUAGAAACCAAAAUUGACUUUUGGAGAUAUAAACUUCAAAAAUUUAGAAUAAUUUAAAGUCAUUACCUAAAAGACCUUACCUGUAACAUAUAGCGAAAACUUUUAUUAUAAAAUUCUCACUUAUACAGACUUUUCAGCUCUAGGUAUUAAAAUAUAAGUAAUGUUCAGGUUAUUAUAAUGAUAUUGCCGUUGGAGCUAUAACAGCAAGGAUAGAAGAUAAAGAUGGAAAAAAGACAGCCUAUAUAAUGACAUUUGGUGUUUUAGAUGCAUACCGUCGUUUUGGAUUUGGAACAUAACUUUUGAAUGAAUUAAUAAAUAGAAUAAGAUCUCAUUAAGAAAUACGAACUAUAUAUUUGCAUAUGUGGGUUAGCAAUGAAAUUGGAUUUUAAUUUUAUUGUAAACAUGGAUUUGAAAAAACAACCUACAAAAAAAAUUAUUAUACAGAUAUAGAUCCUCCUCAUUGCUACAUUCUAACAAAGCGUCUCUAUCCAGAUGUUGAUCCUCCUAUUCCUUACACAGAAGAAGAUGCAGAAAAAGAAUAGGAAAUUGCAUAAUAAUGAAG